AAUCAAACGACAUCAAAACCGCGCAACAGUCGGGUGUGAGUGAAAAUAAUUCAAAAUUAAAAACCGAUUAGCUUUCUAUCGUGAAGAGUGAAAACUACGAUUUAAAAAAAAACAACAAUGGGUGAAUUGGGCAACAAGAUUGGACUGGAUGAACUCUCCGGAGGCGCGAAGGGUAUUAGCAAAGCCUUGCUCGCUGAAUUUAUUGGUAAUUUGCUCCUGAAUUUGUUCGGAUGCGGGGCGUGCAUCAACAUCUCACAAGGUCUGGACGCAGCGCCUGACAUCGUACUGAUAGCGCUCGCUUUCGGUCUAUCUGUCUUCGCCAUUGUUUCGGCUAUAGGACAUGUAUCAGGAGGUCACGUAAAUCCAGCUGUUACUGCUGGUAUGGCUGCCACUGGAAAAAUUAAACCUGUCCGUGGAAUCCUGUACGUUAUAGCUCAAUGCGCGGGCGCCGCCGCCGGUUCUGGACUUCUUAAGGCAUUCACCCCGGACGACGUUGCUGGCAAACUCGGUGUUACGGGCCUCGGGAAGAAUGUGACGCAACUACAAGGAUUUGGAAUUGAGUUCUUCCUCGGAUUUGUCCUCGUGUUUGUCGUUUGUGGAGUUUGCGACCCGAACAAACCUGACAGCAAAGCUGCCGCCCCUCUCGCCAUCGGCCUGACGGUAACACUGGGACACUUGCUGGCGGUGGAUUACACUGGCUCCGCGAUGAACCCGGCUCGCUCCUUCGGCUCCGCACUGGUGGCUAGCGAAUGGGCUGAUCACUGGGUGUACUGGGCGGGCCCGGUGGCAGGUGGCGUGGCGGCGGCUCUGCUGUACGUACACGGCUUCUCUGCUCCGCCGACAGACGCUCCCUCCCCGCGCUACCGACCCGUUGCCGCCGAUGAGAAGGAGCACUCUGGACGCCCCGCGCCGUCGGCGUGGACUGUUGAACAAACCCUGAAACGUCUCGACGGCAAGAACGACGACAUGGCCUGAAAGCGAUUGCCGCGGCGUUGCCCGCGCGCCCCCUCGCCCCUCUCCGUCCCCCGCGACACCCGCCCGAUGCACAUCCAGCGAUACGUAUGAACAGUACCUUCAAAACGAGUGAUUAUUAAUCAAAAAUGUAAUCAUGAACAGUUUAAGAAUAAAAAUAUAUCAAUGAAUAUACAUUCGAACGUUAGUACUUAUUAUACAAAAAUACGGCUAGUAUCAUGUAUAAUUGCUAAGAUUUUUUGACAUGUUAUCUUACAGUAUAUCUGCAAGUAAAUUUUAAAUUAUACACAAAUGUCAAACCUUUUGUAUAACUAUGUAUAAUUACUUCUAUUAUAAAGCAAUCUCGAUCUAGGUUUAGUGUAAUCGCUAUGAGCGAAUAUUUGUGAUAAAAAUAUUUUUAUAUAAAUAAUUUAUACAAAAAUGUUUUUAUUUGAGUGCUCUUCGAAAUCGAUCAAAGUUAAAACUUUACUGCCACACUUAUUUCAUAAGUUACUUAAUUGAUAACACAUGGCUUGAAUUGCAUCACAAACUUUUGGAAUUUGAAAUCAAAAUAUUUACCUUUGUGCGUGAGAAUCACUGUUAUAAAAAUAUAUUA